AUGAAUUUUCUAGUACUGUUUUUUAGUUUUUUAUUUUAUUUAAUACUUAUUUCUGGAGAAUCAAAAUAUUCUAACUUAUCUAUAUGUCUUCCAUAUCAAGCCUGUAGAGGUCAGGUUAAAAUUUUUCAUAUUCUUGAUAAUUCAAUUGAAAAUAUUUCAUUGAAAGGUGAUAGUGAUGUUGAAGGAUCUGGUGAAGGAUCAGGAGAAAGUUUUCCACUUUAUGAUGAGUCUGUUGAACCAUUAACAAAAUUUAAUUAUGAUGGAAGUUCUGAGGUUAAUGAUACUCCUAUUUGUCGAUGUCCAGAAACUGAAGAUACUGAUGAGGGAUAUGAAGAUACAUGCAAUUAUGAUGAUAAAUCAAAAGUUAUGAAUAUUGAUAAGUCAAUACAAUUAAGUUUUUGUAAACCUAUAGAAGAACUAUAUCCAUUAGAAUGUUUUGGUCGUCGGAAUGUACUUAGGGUUAUUGGUGAGAUUCAUGAAUCAGGGGAAACAUUAAAUUCUGUGGCAGAUUCAGUUAUUUUUUGCCACUGUAAAUCAGAAACUUUUAAAAGAAUAGAUAUAGAACCAUGUUAUACCAACAGUAACACGGUGAAGAAACUGAACAGUCAACAAAGUUAG